AUGAGCUCGACCGGCCACUCUUUCCCUCCGAGCCAGCCAGUCGUCCUCCGCCGCCGCCGCGCAUCCUCAACCGACGACGAUCUGCAUGAUGCUCAUGACGAACGCAAUUCCGUCGGCUCUGAGCCUGGCAAGCGAGCGCGGAUGGAUGCAGACACACAAUCCCAGCACGCAGCUCCCUUGCCGCGGUUGCCGUUGUCUGCGUACACGUCGUUCCGGAGAUCCGAUGCACCCAUCCAUGGAGCAGGAAGAGUGCAUGCUAAUGCGACAUCCACAAUGAUGGCGUCGUCGUCGUCGUCAUCGUCGUCGUCUUCAAGAAGGCACUUUUCAUCCUCGGUCAAUGUCCCAGCCGAGCAGCCCAAGUCGCCUCGCAAGACACCAUCGCCAACAAUCGUGAUUUCAGAUUCAAGCUCACAAUCGGACGAUUCGGAUGGCGAAACGAGGAGAUUACAGCCAUCUCGCAAACCCAGCAGCAGUAGUGCCGCACCCGUUUCAAGCACUGCAGCUGCUGCUCAGACUGUCUCAGUGGCCCCCGUCGCGCCCAGUCCACCAAGCAAAGAUGCCAAUGCAGCUCAGACAUUUGGCUUUCAGCUCACUCGCGCUGGAGGUAUCAAUGAAUGGUUCAACCGAAACGCCUUCUCCUUGCGGCAGCUGCUGUCCGACAUGGACUUGCAGAGCUCUGUCCAGUUUAACUACAUGGUGGAUCUCGAUUGGCUCAUGACCAUCUUUCCGCGCGAGCUGCAAGCGCGACCUAUGACGGUGGUGCAUGGCUUGACCGAAUCAGCCGACGUCCUGCAAGCGGCCGGCAAGAAAUGGGGCAAGACAAUCAUUCGUCCACCCCUUCCGAUUGCCUUUGGCACCCACCACACCAAAAUGAUGUUCUUGUUCUACUCUGACUCGAUGCGGAUUGUCAUUCACACGGCCAACAUCAUCCCGUCCGAUUGGUAUGCCAAAACGGAAGGAGUGUGGUGCAGUCCAAAGUUCCCACUCAAAGCAUCCACAGCGCAGCAAGCGUCUAGCAGCACAGGCCGCGCUUUUGAACAGACUUUGAACAAGUAUCUGACUGCGUACGGCAGUUGCAUUCGGCAGGUGCGUGAGCAGGCGAUGAAGUACGAUUUCUCGGCGGCCAACGUGGCCCUGAUUGCUUCGGUGCCAGGUCGUCACGCCGGACUGGCCAAAUCCGAAUGGGGUCACAUGCAGCUUCGCAAGCUGCCCUUGCCAGCGAACGUUGCUUCUCAGCCGGUGAACACGCACCAAUUGAUCGGGCAAUUCAGUAGCAUCGGUAGCUUGGGUGCGUCUCCCGAAACGUGGCUGACUUCUGAAUUUUCCGUCAGCUUGUCAGCACACAAGGCGCAGGGAUUGUCACCACCCAUCGCCCAUCCUCGCGCUCUUCGGUUGAUUUUCCCAAGCGUGGAGAACGUGCGCCUAUCGCUUGAAGGCUACCUCGCGGGCGGCGCGCUUCCAUACCGCCUUGCGACGCACUCCAAGCAAGCAUGGCUCGACCAAUUUUUCUGCACCUGGAAUGCGACGCGAAGUGGCCGACAGCAUGCCAUGCCUCACAUCAAAUCAUAUGCUCGCAUUGCCGUUUCGCCAAAGACUGCGGACAGCGCGCAACAAGCAGAGGCGACCGAUUCAACCAACGUUGCCCUCGGCUGGUUUUUGCUGACCAGCGCCAAUCUUUCGAAGGCCGCCUGGGGCACUCUGCAGAAAAAGGGAACCGCCGCCGAACAGCUCGAGAUUCGUUCGUACGAGCUUGGUGUGCUAUUUCAUCCGAGCUUAAUGUUCCAGGUAUUGCUGCUGCUGCUGCUGCUGCUGCUGCUGCUUGAGCCCGAAGAAUGUUGUGGCCGUGAUGAUCUGUUCCAAUUGUUCUAA